AUGGUAGUACGUUGUGCGUUCAGGGCAAGCAUUGAGGUAGUAGAUGCGACUAAGCCAGUUGUGCGUGCAGAGUUCCUCGUCGUUGAUGGAGGUCGUCGGUCCCUACUCGGGCGACACACAGCAAGCGAAUUGAAACUGCUAAAGGUGGGACUCUCGGUAAACAAUUGCGAGGAACUUUCACCCAAUGAAAUCUUUCCAAAAAUGCCGGGUAUUAAGAUCAAGUUCAGCGUGGAUUCAUCCAUCCCACCCGAAAGGAACGCGUAUUACAAUGUCCCGGCAGCGUUCCGUGAAGCAGCCAGAGCACGUCUGGAUGAGAUGGAGUCUCGUGGUAUAAUUGAGCGCGUCACGAAAGCACCGGAAUGGAUAAGCGGCAUGUCGGCGGUUCCUAAAGGCAAGAACGACUUCAGACUGGUUGUUAAUAUGCGGGCGCCAAACAAGGCGAUUAAACGCGAAUACUUCCGCAUGCCUGUAAUCGAAGAAAUGAAAAUAAAGCUUCACGGAGCGAAAUUUUUCACAAAAUUAGAUCUGCGGAAUGCGUAUCUUGAGCUCUGUACGGAGUCACGCGACCUCACGACUUUCCUCACAGAGAACGGCAUGUACCGGUUCACCCGGCUAAUGUUCGGUGUGAACUGUGCGCCGGAAAUUUUUCAGCGGGAAAUGUGCCGUUUGCUGGAAGGGGUGGACAACAAAAUUGUCUACAUCGAUGAUGUCCUGAUAUACGCUGAUACGAUAGAGAAGCUUAGAACCACCACCGGAGAGGUACUGAGGAUAAUCAGAGCGAAUAAUCUUACCCUCAACGAAGAGAAAUGUGAGUUUGAUAAAGAUUUCACUACAUUCUUGGGACACGGCUUAGAUGCCAACGGAUUCCAUGUAGACGAGGCUAAAGUGAAAGCAAUCCGUCGUUUCCGACCACCAUCCACCGUGUCGGAGCUAAAAAGUUUCCUGGGAUUAGCCUCCUAUGUAAGUCCAUAUAUUCAGGAUUUUGCCGAUAUCUCUAGCCCUCUGUGGUUCGCCACCACUAAUAAAAAUUGGUGUUGGGGCCCUGAACAACUCACAGCGUUCGAGGCAGUUAAAGGCCGAAUCACACAUUGCACAACAACACUUGGAUACUUCUCCGACAACGAUAACACGAUCUUAUACACGGAUGCGUCACCCAACGCCCUUGGUGCUGUACUUGUACAGGAAAACCCGAAUAAUUCUCCCCGCAUAAUCAGUUUUGCGUCAAAAGCCCUCACAGAUACUGAAAAGAGGUAUGCGCAGAACCAGCGUGAGGCCUUGGCAACAGUGUGGGCCGUCGAACAUUUUUCGUUCUUCUUGCUAGGCCGUCACUUCACGCUCAGAACUGAUGCACAGGGUGUAGCCUUCAUUUUAAAUCGAUCGCGUGAAAAUUCAAAACGGGCCCUAACAAGAGCUGACGGUUGGGCUCUUCGUCUUAGUCCAUAUAAUUACGAAGUACAAUUUAUUCGUGGACGCGAUAACAUCGCUGAUCCGUCGUCCCGGCUGUACAUCGGCAAUGACGACGCUUUUGAUGAAAGACACAGUCCAUGGGAAAUAGCCGCGCUAGAGGCGAAACCGGUCGAAUUCUUGACUGUAAAAGAGCUCCAAGAAGAGACAGCUCUAGACUCGGCUCUUCAAGAUGUUAUUGAUUCGUUAGAAAGUGGUGUAUGGCGUAAAGAACUCAAACGGUUUGAGAGCGUUGCUGGAGAUUUGUCUUUUGAAAAGGGAAUCCUGGUUAAAAAUGGUUGUGUCGUUGUUCCCAGCAAACUACGUGAGAAAACUCUCAAUCUGGCCCAUGACGGACAUCCAAUGGCUGCCAAACUAAAGAGUAUUUUACGAGAGCGAGUGUGGUGGCCUGGCCUGGCUAAGGACGCUGAAGAGUGGGUGAGGAGCUGCCAGAUUUGUGUAACGAACGGUCGACCCGAGAAGCCAACUCCCAUGAAGAGAAUCCUAGCCCCACAAGCUGUAUGGGAAAGUAUCGCGUUGGACUUCAACGGGCCUUAUGCAAGAUUUGGAGGCAUUUCAAUCUUGUUAAUUGUCGAUUAUCGUUCCAGGUUCCUGAUUGCACGCCCAGUGAAAUCUACGAGCUUUGAACAGACAAAACUCGUAUUGGAAGAAGUUUUUACACGCGAAGGUUUUCCUAAAAGUAUUCGUUCGGAUAAUGGGCCGCCGUUCAACGGAGAUGAGUAUCGAACGUAUUGCGCAGACCGUAACAUUGAAACCGUCUUCUCAACCCCUUUAUUCCCACAACAAAACGGCCUCGUAGAAUGCUAUAUGAGGCUAGUGAAUAAAGCGAUGGCAUCCGCAGUUAGCAGCCGGUCUUGUUUUGAGAAAGAACUGCAGGCUGCUGUGAAUGCGCACAACGUUGCUGCCCAUUCGGUAACCGGCUUCCCUCCAGAAGAAGUAAUGCUAAGUCGAAAAAUAAAGCGUAGACUUCCGUUGCUGCGACAUGAGAAAGUGGUAUGUGACGAUGGCCUCCUUAAUCGUAGGGAUAAACUUGAGAAGCUCAAAGCCAAAGAACGCGAGGAUACCAGGAGAGGAGCAAGAGCAUGCCGUGUAUGCCCAGGCGACAUGGUUAUCAUUGAACGGCUAAUCCGCACCAAAGGGGAUAGCAGAUUUGACCCACAGCGUUACACGGUCAUCAAGGAAGACAAUGGAAGUCUUGUCCUGCAGAACGAGAGCGGCCAAAUCGUGAAGAGGCAUGUCACACAGGCUAAAAAGGUGGGACCUUGGCGUACAACCAACCCCAGAACGGUCGAUAUCACUUCUGCUGGUGUGAAGGACAAACAUAUCCCUUUGGCGGAGACACCAAAACGUCCAAGCAGAACCAUUAGACCUCCUUCCUACAUGGAGGACUACGUGCGGUCGCUCGAAAACUGA